CCUAUACGCGAAAGAAAGUAUUUUAUUGACCGGAAAAUAAAAGCAGAGUUUAUUCAAUUAUUUGCAAUUUGGAAAAAUCGAGUUUGUGCAUUAAAAAGCAAUUGAUAUGAGCAAUUAUCGUGGCAUUGGAGGCGGUGGCUAUCCAUAUAAAUCAUCCACAAAUCGUGGUGGGACUUCGAUGAAUGCUGUACCGCCACCCUCCUCACUAAACCACAAAGGCUAUCAAAAGGGUAGCAAUAGAGUCGUCAAUAACGCUUCAGGUACUUCAAAGUACGGUUAUUCAACUUUGGAAUCUAUUAGUCAAUAUUCCAAUACCCAAAAUUACUUAGGCAAGCGUAAAGCUUGCACUGAGGAUGAGUAUUUUGAUGAUGAUGAUGAGCAAGUGCCGGAGCAAGCUUAUAUACCAGCACCGGGCUCACCAGGGCCGCAGCCUCGCCGAAAGCAAGAAAAUAACGAUUCUGAUGAUGAUCCUUUAGAUCAAUUUAUGGCUGGCAUUGAACAGCAAGUAGAAAAAGAGAAAGCUAGGCGUGACCAGUGUGUUACGGUAAGUAUUUCAAGUAGCACCACUCCAGUCCAGUCAUCGGUAGUCAAUUCAAAGGGUGUGCGAGGUGAUAUUGACGAAGAAGACGAUGAGGAAAGCUACUACCGUUACAUGGAGGAAAACCCCAAUGCCGGCUUAAGAGAUGAUGGUUCCGAUAUUGAAAUUGAUUACGAUGAAGAUGGCAAUCCUAUUGCUCCUCCCAAAAAGAAGGAUAUAGAUCCUUUGCCAUCAAUUUAUCAUUCUGAAAUUGACUAUGAUCCUUUUGAGAAGAAUUUUUAUACCCCACAUGAAGAUAUUUUCGGUUUAAGCGAAGAAAAGGUGCGAGAUUUGCGUAAAACUUUAGGUGUUAAAGUGACUGGACCCGAACCGCCUAAACCGGUUACGUCAUUUGGCCAUUUUGGCUUCGAUGAAAGUCUUAUGAAAGCUAUACGAAAAGCUGAAUACACGCAGCCCACACCAAUUCAGGCGCAAGCUAUACCAGCCGCCUUAGGGGGAAGAGAUAUAAUCGGUAUUGCUAAAACGGGUUCUGGCAAAACGGCUGCAUUUAUCUGGCCGAUGUUGGUGCACAUAAUGGAUCAACGAGAACUGAAUGCUGGUGACGGGCCCAUAGGCUUGAUUUUGGCACCAACGCGAGAAUUAUCGCUGCAAAUCUAUAAUGAAGCCAAAAAGUUCGGCAAAGUGUACAACAUUAACGUAGUCUGUUGUUAUGGAGGCGGUUCCAAAUGGGAACAAAGUAAGGCAUUAGAGCAAGGAGCUGAGAUUGUUGUAGCCACACCUGGGCGUAUGAUUGAUAUGGUUAAGAUGAAGGCUACCAAUUUAAGAAGGGUCACAUUCUUAGUAUUAGAUGAGGCCGAUCGCAUGUUUCAUAUGGGAUUCGAACCCCAGGUGCGUUCUAUUUGCAAUCAUGUCAGACCAGAUCGUCAAACCCUUCUUUUCUCGGCUACCUUCAAGAAACGCAUUGAACGGUUAGCCCGCGAUGUACUGACCGAUCCAGUUCGUAUAGUUCAAGGUGAUCUCAACGAAGCAAACCAAGACAUUACACAGCAUGUGUUUUUAUUCCCAAAUCCUAUGCAAAAAUGGAAUUGGUUGCUUUUGAAUUUGGUGCGGUUCCUUUCUGAAGGUAGUGUGUUGGUAUUUGUUACCAAAAAGGUCGAUGCUGAAACGGUAGCAAACAAUUUGCUUGCUAAAGAAUACAGUUGUUUGCUAUUGCAUGGCGAUAUGGAUCAAGCCGACCGAAACAAGGUUAUAACCGAGUUUAAAAGGAAGGAAUGUGAUAUACUAGUGGCUACGGAUGUGGCAGCUAGAGGCUUAGAUAUACCGCAUAUUAAAAAUGUAAUUAAUUAUGAUAUUGCACGUGAUAUCGAUACACAUACACAUCGUAUUGGUCGUACCGGUCGAGCUGGUGAAAAAGGAACUGCCUACACUUUAGUUACCGACAAGGAUAAAGAGUUUGCUGGGCAUUUGGUUCGUAAUUUGGAAGGUGCUGAUCAAAAAGUGCCGGAUGAUCUAAUGGAAUUGGCUAUGAAAAGCUCAUGGUUUCGUAGUUCUCGUUUUAAGCAGGGCAAGGGUAAGAAACCGUCAAUCGGUGGCACUGGUUUAGGUUAUCGUGCCAAAUCGUUUACAUCUGAUGCGAAUUCCAGCAGCCCUAGCCUUAACAGUUAUUCAUCAACCAGCAAGUCAUUGUCAUCAGCCGGACCGGCCACGGAUCGUUAUGCUGCUAUGCGCGAAGCAUUUCGUUCGCAAUAUAUGUCACAAUUUAGACCCUCUACUGAUCGCACCUGGGAGGAAACUCUACCUGAGACAGGAGUAUUCACGGCGCCCGUGCCACCGCCACCACCGCCGCCUCCUCCAGCAUUACAAUCUAAUAAUAGCACUAGCAGUGGUGACAGUAAUACCUCGAGUACCGAUGGAAAUUCGGGAAAGCGCAAAGCUAAGAAAAGUCGCUGGGAUUAAAUGAGUGACAUUUGAAAAAAAUGUAUACAUUUUCUAGAUUGUUUUCGAAGUGAAUUUUUUGUACUCGUAAUAAAACUUCAAAUUUUAAUUUAAGUUUAUGUAUUAAUCAGUAAUUGAUUACUUUCUGUUUGCAAAUCGGUGUAUGUGUAUGUAUUUAAUACAUAAAAGAAAAACAGAAGAUGUUGUUAAAAAAUUUUGUUCAAAAAUUUU